UCUAGUAAGAAAGGUAACUUUCUAAGGAACAAAAAGGCGUAAAAAUACAUAUCAAAGUGGUAAAUGGUUAAUGUAGGAGUUUGAAACGAUCCAGAGCAGAAUAUGAAAUGUUUUGGUACAGUGCAGUGCUCCUUUGGCGUCCCAAGCAAUUUCAAAACAUUGACAGACUAUUGGAAAAAAUAAACAAAAAGACAUGAACACUGUGAGAGGCACAUAUUCUCAAGCCAAACCAGAUCCCCCAGCCAAUUCCUGCCACUUCUUUGUUGAAAGGAAACGCAGAUACUGUCGGUUCCAUCUUGCCAAGGGCUCGAAUUACUGUGCUGAGCAUGCAGCAGUUUUAGGGGUAGACCUACGGCGAAAGAGGGUCCAAUGUCCGUACAACCCAAAGCACACAUGCUAUGAAACAAAGUUAAAUCACCAUAAGAAGGUCUGUCCAAGUCAACCGAAACAGAUGCCACCGUAUUACUGUAAAGGCGUUAACUCCGGGGAUGAUGGUGGAGAGUCUGUACCUGAACCAAAGGAAACUGUUCUUACAAUACCACUGGAAGACCUCGAUAGAAUUAUAUCCAAGGUGAACCAGCUGCAUGAUGAGCAUGUGGGAGUGAUAGAAGAGGACGUGCUGUCUCACGACUGCAUGAAAGCAGAACUAGAGAACCCCAGCUAUGGAAAUGCAGCUAUUAGACAUAGGAAGCAACAGGCAUCACUGAUUGGUCACAUGGAAAAGCUGUGCUUACUUACUGAUGGUAAAUGCUUCCUUGAAAUGGGUGCUGGAAAAGGGCAGUUGUCCCACUGGUUGCACGGUGCUGUGGAGAAGAAAGACAACAUUGGCUUCCUUCUGAUAGACCGCAGUCGUGUUAGGAACAAGAUGGACAAUCUUCACAAGGAGGAGAUGAUUAUGGAGAGGAUAAGAAUCGACAUUGAACAUCUGCGACUGGAUAAGGUGCCUUGUAUAUCAGAGAACGAUAGGUCUGUGGUAGCGUUCGGGAAGCACCUGUGUGGGGCGGCCUCAGAUCUUGCUCUGCGCUGCAUCACUGAGACCUUGAAACCUGGAACCAGUUGCCAGGAAGGGGAGGAGGAGGAGGGGAACCACAGGAAACGGUUGAAGUCAGAGUCAAGGGAGCUGUCUGGAGCGGUCAUAGCUCUGUGCUGCCACCAUCGCUGUACGUGGCACCCCUACGUUGGUAAGCACUUCUUCCAGAGUCAAGGUCUCACUGCACGAGAUUUUCAGGUGGUCAGCAGCAUGAGCAGCUGGGCCACAUGUGCCUGGAAGGGCUGGAGCGCCCAGAAGAAGUUUGACAUGGACAACAUAAACAGCCAGAGUCCUUCUGCCUCUGGUGAAUAUGUUAUCGACGAAUUGAGAAGAUCCGAGAACAGUGCGAGUUUAAAUGUAUUAGCAGCCCAAGGUGUGGGUUCUUUUGAGGAUUAUGAUGUUGAAAGUCAAGGAAACGUCAAGGACGUUUCUGGUGAAGGUCAGAAAGGAAACUGUGAUAAUAAAGAUGGAAGUACAGAAGUUAAGGGGAAUGCUAUGAAGAGUGACAUUCGAAAAGAUCUUGAGAAUGAUGAUGAUAUCGAAGAAGUUGAGCAUUGCCAAGAUGAAAACACCACCAACAGCAGUAUUCAGGGCAAGCUGACGCAGGCUGAACGGGAAAUGAUCGGUCGGAAGUGCAAGCGUCUCAUAGACUAUGGGCGAGUCUGUUUUCUUCGGGAGCAUGGUCUUGAAAGCAGCUUGAAGGCUUAUGUUGAGGAAUUCUAUACACCAGAGAAUGUAGUUCUCCUCGCCUCAAAAUGAUUUGGGACUAUAUUCAUCAUCUUCACUUAGCCCUAAAACCAAACACUAUUUUUGGAUUAAUAAGGUUCUAAACACUCUGUUACGCUGGAUCUAACGUCGUGUUUUUUCUCUCCAAUAUAUAUUUUUAUGCCCCCGAAAGAGGGCAUAUAGUGAUCGGACUGUCCGUCUGUCUGUCCGUCACUCUUUGUGUUUAGGUUUCAAAAAAUACUCGCUUCAGAAAGAAACUUGAUAUUUGGCAUGCCUGUGUAUCUCAUGGAGCUGCACAUUUUUAGUGGUGAAAGGGCAAGGUCAUCCUUCAAGGUCAAAUGUCAAACAAACUAAUCCAAGAGAAGUAGGAAGCUUAAAAGGGAGAUAAUUAUCUGUACCUGCCUAAUGAUAAAAACUAAAUUACUCAAAGCGGCGCAGUAAGGACAUUGUGUUUCUGACAAACACAUCUCUUGUUUAUUUAGAAUUAUUGGCAUCAGCACCAUUCAUACUUAGUACAUUGAAAAUGUUCUGUCCUGUGAAAUAUGGACAAUUAUUUAUUUGAUGGAUUUUAUCAUUUCGUUUAGCACCGACAAAGCCAACAAAGAAAAAUGUUUUGAAUACAUACAAAGUUGUUGCUUAUGACCAUCCCCUAUUUACAUUAUCUCAAAACCCAUACUGUAACCAUGAUUUUAUUUAUGAAGCGGCUUUGCCAUCACCAUCUGUGGUAAUGUUUGUUUUUCAUAGACAGAUUCUUGUUUAAAUCUAGCUUAGUGUUUAAUUCCAAGUCUAAGAAAAUGUCCGUGAAUACUGGCCAAAGUAUGUAACUUGUAAAGCCAUCGACCAUGAAUUAUAAUGAUUCUUUUAUACCUAAUGAUAAAAUAUGACAUUUCUGCAGUGAAAUAAAAGCAGUGAAAACAAACAAAUUGUUAUUUUCACUGGUGAAAAUAACAAAUUUUUGGAACUACUUUUUCUAUUUUUAGAUUAUCAUAUCAAGAUUAUCAUAUUUUUUUAUGAUCACGAGUAAAUUAAAAUCGGUAUUCCACCGAAUCCAACAUAUUUUCUUUAUAGUUCAUGCUUUUUUCACCGUUUAUUUACAUUGUUCAAGAGUUUAACUGGAGAAUUUCGCUGGAAUAAUGACGUCAUUUUGUGUAUUCAAAUGUAUUGAGGCACGCCACGGGAGAAAGAGGAACUUUUCAGCGAAAAGGAAACAGCUGUUAAUUAUUUUCUUGAAAAAGUGGCAUACAAGAAACAGAAAAUUUGUUCAUGUCAGUGUAAGAUUGUUUGUUAUUUCACUCGUGAUCAUAGACAAAUGCUAUUUUCUAUGAUCACUCGUGAACUAACAAAUGAUCUUACACUGAUAUGAACAAAUAUCCUCUAUGUAUUGCGAUUCAUCCCCAUCGUCUGAGUCACGAAGAACAUGUGAUAAUGACUUGCUUUCGUACGGACAUUUACCGGUAGUAUUUUAGUUGAUUUUACUUGAGAGGUGUUAACUGGAUCGUCCGUUAUUCUGUGGUAUACUGUUGAACUGGAAAAAAACACAGAGGAUAAUCCAAACAAACGUCUUACCUUAUCAAUAGAAAUGUCUUGAACUAGAAAAUCAUAACUUUAACGCUUUAUAAGUUGCUUAACCUACCAAUAAACUGUAACUUGCAAACUCUUAAUACUGGGUGGUACCUUAAGGAAGCAGGUGUUCUGUACGCAGAUGUGCUAACAGUGUUCAAGGAUUUCACUUGCUGUUAAUUUCAUCCCAUUGACUUUUUUUAAAGUUUGGAAUACAAUAUUGGGCAUUAUAUAUUUACAGAAUGCUUUAUUUAAUGCAAUAAUAUUUAUGCCCCCCUUCGAAGAAGAGGGGGUAUAUUGCUUUGCUCAUGUCGGUCGGUCUGUCCGUCCACCAGGUGGUUGUCAGACGAUAACUCAAGAACGCUUGUGCCUAGGAUCAUGAAACUUCAUAGGUACAUUGAUCAUGACUAGCAGAUGACCCCUAUUGAUUUUGAGGUCACUAGGUCAAAGGUCAAGGUCACGGUGACUCGAAAUAGUAAAAUGUUUUUUUGAAUGAUAAUUUUAGAAUGCAUACGCGGCCAACAGGGCACACUCUGAACAAUAUUACUGAAGCAACUGGUCUGUAAUCCUAUAUCUAUAAUUAUCAGUCCAAUGAAACAUCAUCCUUUUAGUAAAAUACAGUGGAUCAGUAAAAAUAUUAUCAGAAUAUGAGAUUUUUUGUAUAUUUUGUGUAUUAAAUAUUGUGUUUAUGUUUAAUUUUGUUGAUUAAUAUAAAUAUAAGCAGGACAGGGGAGGUAAUACACUACAGGGGAAACAAAUGCAAUAAGUUUAAAUUUAUUGUUACAGAUUUGCCUCCCUUGUAAUAUAUUUAAAUUUUACCAAAUGUAAGGCUAACUGCAUUUUUGUAAUGCAUACUACUACUACUACUACUACUACUACUUCUACUACUACUACUACUGCUGCUGCUGCUGCUGCUGCUGCUACUACUACUACUACUACUACUACUACUACUACUACUACUACUUCUACUACUACUACUACUUCUACUGCUACUACUACUACUACUACUACUACUACUACUACUACUACUACUACUACUACUACUACUACUCUACUACUACUACUACUACUACUACUACUACUACUACUACUAUUUCUUUUGCUACCACCACCUACUACUACUACUACUAUUUUACUAGUACUUCAACUGCUACUACUACUACUACUACUACUACUACUACUACUACUACUACUACUUCUACUACUACUGCUACAACUACUACUACUUCUACUACUACUCUACAACUACUACUACUACUACUACUACUACUACUACUACUACUACUACUACUACUACUACUACUAUUUCUUCUGCUACCACCACCACCAUCACCACCACCACCAUUCACAGUGACAAAAAACGUAUUCAGUGACAAAAAACGUAUUCACACAAUGGCUGCUACUACAACUUAUAGCCCAUAUAGGGGGGCAUGCAUGUUUUACAAACAGCCCUUGUUAGUAUUUGAGUUAAAAAAUAUGAAUGACUAUAAAACCCUUCAAAAAAAUAAAUUGUAAACAUAAUAUGCUUAUGCUAUUGUUGGAAUUCCAGAGCUCCAGAUAAGCUUAUGUGAAAUUCUUAACGUACUACCAGAUUUUCAAAAAGAAUUCUUAACUCUGAAAUUUUAUUCAUAACGUUACUACUAAGUUUUGGAAAAUAAUUCUUAACUUUUCUUGAUGACCAAAAAAUAAAUAAUAAUGGUUAUUUUCAUGCAAAAUAAAUCAAAAUAAACAUUCUAGCAACUUUAUUUAUACGAGUUAAACAGUGCCUAUUCAGUAUUAUACAAUUUUAUUUUUCAAAUACCUUCAUAUGCCCAAACUGUGCUUAGAUCGCAUGCCUUCGAUGAAUUUUUACAUAUUUCACAAUUAAAACAGUUCUCCCCUUCAAUCUGUUAAACGAUUAGCCACGGGAAUUGUCCCUUCCACUCGUUCAAUGUUGUUGUUUUUUUGUUUAAGUUUGGACCCGUCGUGUCGCGUUUUUUUUAGCUUUUCCAACUGUGUCGGCAACUGAACAUACAACAUCGUAUAAGAUCUUUUCUAUAAUGUCUUUCUUAACAUUCAACUUCGGCUCACUUUGCGUACAAUAUGUUAAAAGCAUGUCUUUGCACGCUUUGCAGUUUUUUUAGGACGCUCUCUGGGCGCCACCAUUGUUUUUUGACAGAUAGACUGUACACGCCGCUUUUAUUGGAAAAAAAUGCGCUUUGUUAAACAAACACGAUAACCAUUCUAUAUAAGCAUCGAAAAGAUCUUUAAUGCGCGAAAAGAACUCAAUAAAAAUCGAUACGAACCGCUGCAAAAAUAAUAUUCGUAACUUGAUUUUGUAAUUCUUAAUGGUACGUCAAGAUUUUAAAAUAAAUACGUAACAGACUUGAAAAUAAUUCGUAAUAACGAAAAUACGACCCUUAUCUGGAGCUCUGGAAUUCUCAAGCGAUAUCUUAUCAUAACCCAUUGUGAGCAUUCCAAAUUUCAAUGUUACUUAAGUUAUUUGGAUUUUUUUUCACGAGAUAUUCCUGUUUCCCGUCCUUGUGAACACUUUUACCCACUUAGAAGAGGGUGCUAUUCAUAUAUGUAAAUCUUAUUCAUUAUUUGCGGGAGAACAACGAAUGGUCACGUGUACCGUAGGUGGGUGUUUUUUGUAAAUUUUCGAUAUAUUAUAUUUUAAAGAAAUGUACUUGUGCAGUUGUGCUGAAAAAUAAAUUUGAUCAACAAAUAAUGUCA